AUAGAACUCACUAAUAUUAAUAAAAACAAUUUCUCUCCUCUUUCUCACCAGUGUGACUGUUUCUCUCUCUCCUCUUCUCUCUCUUCUUGUCUUCUGUCUCCUCAUUGUUCUCUCUUUCAUCAUAUUUGUUCUCUCUUGCACAAAUGUUGAAUGGGUUCUCUCUCUCUGGCAAAGAUGGGGAUGGGUUUUCUCUCUCUCAUCCACAGAUCUGUUCAAUGAUGGUGGUAGUCUUAAAGGCAGCUUGUAAUUAUUUUGAUCGUAGAAGGCCAGGCAGUGCAAGCAUCUUUGUAGGUGGCUUUGUUUUGGGAGGACUCAUAUUUGGCACUCUUAAUUGUGUAUAUGCACCUCAGGCAAAUGAAAUGCUGCAUCAUAAAGCAAACCUUAAUGGGUAUCUCGCCUGUCACACUGGUCAAAAUCUUGACAGGAUCAAUCAGGAUACUGAUCGAGAUUUCUUCAUGAGUGCAAGAGAAGCCAAAGAAUAUGUGCUUAUAGGUGGUAUCAUUAUGAAUCCUCUCAAAGCUCUUCAGCCACUGGCAGUUAUGGCAGAGGCCGAGACUAAAGUUGAGUCUGGUGUUUAAAUUUCUCUUGGGUGACUGCAGUAGUGGAGGACAUGGCUUUAUAGAAGAGUUAAAUGAAGAAUGAUAUUUCAUUCUGUAUUUUUUAAGUGGCAACCUGAAUCCAAAACUUUGUGAAUUUGGGGUAAGUGUAGAUUGUCUUGUGUGUAUGAUGUAAACUAGGCUAUAGGUGUUUGCCGCUGCUUUAUUGAUUUUGUUGGUGCUUACGAGUCCUAAGGGCCCAUCCAGUGCAAAAGAGCAUUGGAAAUAUGCUUCUGAGAUUACGCUCGCAGGAAUCAGUUGUGAUCAUUUAUUUAUGUUAUGGUUGAUAAUGUUGUGAGCAUCAUUUUAGCUUCUAAAUUCACUUGGGCCUUCAAUUAUUUUUAUUUUCAAUUGUAUAGAAAAACUGGUAUUGGCAAUUUGGCACAUAAUGUGAAUUAGAAUGUCCACCUAUGCAUUUUAUAGU